AUGGUUUUUGUCGAAACUUAUUCACCUGAUUUUAUUGUUCAUAAGUGCGCAGAGAGGGACCCAACGCCGAUAAAAAUAACCCUUCCGGAUGGCAAGCAGUUCGAUGGUGAAGCAUGGCGAACUACACCACUUCAGAUCGCUGAAAAAAUCUCGAAAGGCUUGGCUGACACUACCGUUAUUGCCAAAGUAAACGGAGAAGUCUGGGAUCUAGAUCGACCAUUCGAAAAGGAUUCUACUUUGUUUCUGUUGAAAUUCGACGACGAUGAAGCGAAACAGCUCGCUGCAUACUCAGUAUUAAAGGUAUUUUGGCACAGUUCUGCACAUAUUCUUGGUGAGGCUAUGGAACGAUAUUGUGGUGGGCAUCUUUGCUACGGACCACCAAUCCAGGAGGGUUUCUACUACGAUAUGUGGCAUGACGUCGGUUUCUUCCGUUUGUUGUUCGAUCCUCAAAUACAUCUUGAACCAUUUCAGAACUGUACAAUUUCGCAAGAAGACUUUCCUAAGCUUGAUCAAAUUGUAAAAUGUGCAGUCAAAGAUAAGCAGCCAUUUGAAAGGUUGGAAAUGUCGAAAGAAGACCUUCUGGAGAUGUUUAAAUACAACGAGUUCAAAGUUCGCAUCAUCAAUGAAAAAAUAGAUACCCCGAAAACUACUGUGUACCGUUGUGGACCACUCAUCGAUCUUUGUCGAGGACCGCAUGUGCGACACACCGGAAAGAUUAAGGCUUUACAAAUCACGAAAUCUUCAUCAUCUUAUUGGGAAGGGAAGGCAGAUGCAGAGAGCUUGCAAAGAAUUUACGGCAUUUCGUUUCCCGAUCCGAAGCAGCUUAAGGAAUGGCAGAAAGUUCAGGAAGAAGCAGCUAAACGAGAUCAUCGUAAGCUAGGCCGAGACCAAGAACUUUUUUUCUUCAAUCCACUUUCACCUGGAUCUGCUUUCUGGUAUCCUAAGGGCGCGCACAUUUACAAUACAUUAAUGAAUUUCAUGCGGAAAGAAUACAGAAAGCGUGGAUUCACCGAGGUUAUUACACCGAAUAUGUUUAAUAGCAAGUUAUGGGAGACUUCUGGUCAUUGGCAACAUUACGCAGAAGACAUGUUCAGAUUCGAAGUGGAAAAGGAGCAGUUCGGUUUAAAACCAAUGAACUGCCCUGGACAUUGUCUCAUGUAUAGCCAUCAACCGCACACUUAUAACGAGUUGCCGAUGCGCUACGCAGACUUCGGUGUCUUGCAUAGGUGCAAACUUAUGAUAUUGGUAGUUUUAAUAACGCGGAGCAAGGAUAUCUCUCGUCCAUCCAUUAUCAAAGCUCUCGACACAUCUUUCGUCAUAUCUCUGGAUGACUGCGAGAACUUGGUGGCAUCUUUCACUGUACUUGAAGAUAUUUAUGCUUGUAGGAAUGAAAUGUCAGGAGCCCUUACCGGUCUAACACGAGUACGCCGUUUCCAGCAAGAUGAUGCCCACAUUUUCUGCCGCAAGGAUCAGAUCAGCGAUGAAAUUCGAGGAUGUCUGGAUUUUCUGUCCUAUUGUUACGAGACCGUUUUCGGGUUUACCUUUAAACUCAAUCUCGCCACGCGACCGGAGGGCUUCCUAGGAGAGAUCUCGACAUGGAAUGAAGCUGAAGCUGAUUUGAAAGCUGUGCUGAACGAAUCAGGUAGGGAAUGGGGGCUAAAUGAAGGAGAUGGAGCAUUUUAUGGGCCCAAGGCCCUAAUUGAUAUUACGAUCCAAGAUGCGCUGAGACGUUAUCAUCAGUGCGCUACAAUUCAGCUGGAUUUCCAGUUACCUCAACGCUUUGAUCUGACCUAUUUCGAUGACAAAGGCGAAAAGCAACGACCAGUUAUGAUUCACCGUGCCAUAUUGGGAUCUGUCGAAAGAAUGACAGCCAUUCUGACUGAAAAUUAUGGCGGAAAGUGGCCAUUUUGGCUAUCACCUCGUCAGGUCGAAUUUGACGAGGGUUGCCCUGACACUUUAAAUAAGCAAAUUCGUAAUGCCCAGCUGGCUCAGUUCAAUUUCAUUCUUGUUGUUGGAGCAAAAGAGAAGGAAAAUGGCACCGUAAAUGUUCGCACAAGAGAUAACGCGGCAAGUUUUUCUAGUGAUUUGUUUGGUUUUGCUGGUAUAAUAAUAGUCCGUGGAGAAGUUCAUCUAGAUGCUCUUAUUGCAAAAUUCCGACGUUUCGCUGCUGAAUACACCAAAGAUACUGAAAGCGCUGACGAAUUUGCCGCUUAG